AAUCACUGAAGAAGAAAAGCAGGCAGCCAAAUCGCAGUUGAAGCAAAAACUGUUAUGAUUUUGUGGGUCCUAGUUGUCGUUUAAUAGCCGUCAAUCAAUCCCAUUUGCUAUUUUAACUCGCUCUCCUAAGCCCCACAACAGCACACCAUUUUUAUCUCAAGACAUUUCAGGACAACAAAGAGAAAAUUAAAUGACCUGAAAUUCAGACAGUUCCUUCAAUUUUUAGCAAAGCGAGCAAGGAGCUCUCCUUGUCAUAAAGCAACCUCUCUUUCCAACUUUAAAAUUUCAAUUUAAACCCAGAUGGAUUCAUCAUCUGAUCUCUCAAACCUUCUCCAAAAAGAAUACCCUCAGCUUUCAGAUAUGUUGGUUUCAGAUCGAACCGAGAGUAGUUGUUUUUUCCACUCCCGCUCCAAUUCUGCCACCUCUAUGAGCCAUCAAUCGUCGCCUAGUCAAUCACCUCGACUCAGUUCCUCUAGGUUACUAAACAAUGACUUAUAUUUAGAUAAUCGACACGGCAAGCCAUUUUCGUCGUCAAUUUUGUUCUGUUUUUUGCGGGAUCAGAAACAGAGGCAAGUAAAUAGGACGGUGAAGAGAAAAGGCGGGAGGCUGUGGUAUCAAAGGAAGAAAGUGAAGGGACUGGUGGCUGUGAUUGGAUUAGUGGGUUUGUUUUUCUUUGUUAAUUGGUUCAUGCUUUUGCGGCUUCAAGACCAUCGAGUGGCUGACCUCCAAAACUAUUCUUCUCAAAAUUCUCCUCCUUCGAUCUUGGUUUCCAAAAAGGAAAAAUGGGGAAAGCUUAGCAAAGGAAAAAAGACGCAGAAAGGUAGUUAUGAAAGGAUGUUGGCUUUGGCUGCCCAUGCCUUGGCAGAGAAUAAACGCGAGCCAAAAGAUUUGUGGCAGGAACCAUUUGUUGAGGCCUCCGCUUGGAUACCUUGUGCUGAUCAACGCAACUGGGAUCCUAGUGGGGGAAAAAACGGUUAUAUAAUGGUCACAGCAAAUGGUGGGAUGAACCAGCAGAGAGUAGCUGUUUGCAAUGCUGUUGUUGUUGCACGGUUGCUGAAUUCAACUCUUGUUGUUCCUAAAUUUAUGUACAGUAGCGUCUGGAGAGAUGUGAGUCAAUUCAGCGAUAUCUAUCAGGAGGAGCAUUUUAUUAAUUACUUGACUCCCGAUAUUCGGAUAGUGAAAGAACUUCCUGAGGAGCUUCGAUCACUAGACUUGGAGGCAAUUGCAACCGUUCGUGAUAAUGAUAUUUCAAAUGGUGACCAGGUGACUGAUGUAGAUAUUAGGAAAGAGUCCAAGCCAAGCUUUUAUCUGAAAAAUAUUCUCCCUAUUUUGCUGAAAAAUAGAGUUGUCCAUUUCAUUGGAUUUGGGAAUCGCUUGGCAUUUGAUCCAAUACCAUUUCAGUUGCAGAGACUUCGAUGCAGAUGUAAUUUUCACGCACUGCAAUUUGUUCCCAAAAUACAACAAACUGGUGCUUUGCUCCUUCAAAGGCUGCGUAAACGUGCAUCUCAUCAUGGACCAUUGGAUCAUUGUCUUGUUGGUCCUUAUACAAAAUCAAAUGUGGAAGAAACAAGGGCUCAUGGUGGAAAACCUUCAAGAUAUCUAGCUCUACAUCUGAGGUUUGAAAUUGAUAUGGUAGCACAUUCUUUAUGUGAAUAUGGUGGUGGUGAAGAAGAGAGAAAAUCAUUGGAAGCAUACCGUGAAAUUCAUUUCCCUGCAUUGGCACUUCUUGAGAGGACAAAAAGGCUACCUUCUCCUGCAGCACUCAGGUCAGAAGGCCUGUGUCCAUUGACACCUGAAGAAGCAGUACUUAUGCUUGCUGCUCUUGGUUUCAACCGGAAGACGCAUAUAUUUGUGGCUGGUGCGAGUAUAUAUGGGGGACAACCUAGGUUAGCUGCUUUAACCAGCUUGUAUCCUAAUUUAGUUACUAAAGAGAAACUGCUUUCAGCAACCGAACUUGAACCAUUCUCAAACUUCUCAUCUCAGCUAGCUGCACUGGACUUCAUAGCAUGCACUGCUGCUGAUGCAUUUGCCAUGACAGACUCAGGGAGUCAGCUGUCAUCUUUGGUUGCUGGAUAUCGAACAUAUAAUGGUGGAGGGAGAAUGCCAACAAUACGGCCAAAUAAGCGGAGACUUGCAGCCAUAUUCAUGAAGAACUCCACUAUAGAAUGGAAAGUGUUUGAGCAAAGAGUUAGGAAGGCAGUCAGACAAACAAAACAUAUUUUUGAAAGGCCCAUUGCGAGGAGUGUUUACCGGUUUCCACGAUGUAAAGAGUGUAUGUGUUUGACAGAAUAAAACUUACACUUUUAGCAGGCAUGAUGAUGCGAUAGUAACUUGUAACAUUAAUAGAUUCAUUAUUAUUUCAUUUGUUCUGACACAAGUUACAUAUAUUCUAAGCGUAAUAGGCAAAGUUCAUUGCACCUCAAAA